AUGGCAGCCAAUGACUCAAGCCAUAACGAAGAGGAGUUUUUGAAACCUUUCUACGCCAUCAUGUACACCAUCAUCCUGGUUCCUGGGCUGAUUGGGAAUGUGUUGGCUCUCUGGGUCUUCUACGGAUAUAUGAAAGAAACUAAACGGGCUGUGAUUUUUAUGAUCAAUCUGGCAAUUGCAGACUUGGCCCAAGUUCUAUCGCUGCCACUAAGGAUUUUUUAUUACCUGUCCAACAGUUGGCACCUGGGGAAGGAACUUUGCAUGUUUUGCUUCUACCUCAAGUACGUCAACAUGUAUGCGAGCAUCUACUUCUUGGUUUGCAUCAGUGUGAGGAGGUUCCAGUUCCUCAUGCACCCUCUGAAGUUCAGUGACUGCAAGCGCAUCUACGACAUGUACAUCUGCAUUGUUGGAUGGGUUAUGGUUUGUGUUGGCUGCUUAGCCUUCCCUCUCCUGCGUCUUACCUCCAACGAGACCUGCGCCAACAAUAAAUGCUUUGCGGACCUGCCCUUGAACAAUGCAGAUGGACCCAUCCCAAUAGCAAUGUUGUCCCUAGGUGAGCUGGUUGGCUUUGUGACCCCUCUGUUGAUCAUCUUGUAUUGUUCCUGGAAGACCAUCUUAUCUCUCCAAGAGAAGAACUCUGUUUCCCAAGACCUUGGGGAGAAACAGAAAGCUUUGAAGAUGAUCCUGACUUGUGCCAUUGUAUUUUUGAUUUGCUUUGGGCCUUAUCACGUCAGCUUCCCUCUGAAUUACUUGGUCAAGUCCCAAACGAUAGAAGAUUCUUAUGCCCGAAAGGUUAUUUUGGUCUUCCACGCAAUUGCCUUGUGUCUUGCCAGUUUAAAUUCAUGUCUCGACCCUAUAAUUUAUUACUUUACCACAGAUGAGUUUCGAAGGCGGCUUUCGAGGCAAGAUUUACAGGACAGCAUUCAAUUUCAUAACAUGCGCUGUGGACGUGCAAAGGAGCCAUCGGAAAUAAGUAUAGUCGAGGCUGAGUGAUCGAUAGGAAACUCAUAUUAUGGAUGGGGUGGGGCUGAUAACAUCUUUAUUUGAUGCCAUGAUAACUUAGGGGGGAAAUCACAUAUUUUAAACAUUUCACUAUCAUACUCCUCCAAUUGGCCCAUAUAGCAAGCAUGGGGAUAAAACUCAAAAUAAUGCUGUCUUGUUUAGUUUAACAUGGAAUAGAGAGAAGCCUAGAUAGACUUUCAACAUUCUGAU